AUGAAUCCGACGGAAUUACUUGAUUCUUCCAUUGAAUCAGACGAGGAUAAGAUUCGAAAGAGCUACGAUCAUGAGGACUUGAAAACAUUCCUGGCCAAAUCGACUAUAAAGGAUUACUUUCAACACCAGAUUGAUUUUAUUGCCAAUGGCUUGUAUAAGAACUUUGUGCAAGGCGUGGGAGCCAAGCGUUUGGAAAAUUUCUUGAAUAUGCAGGCGGCCUUUCCCCGUUUAAUGCUCUCAUCUGGAUCUGGCAGUGACAUUGCCCUGGCCCUGCUUCUGACCAUCUUGAGCAGAUACACCAAAGUCCCAGCAAGACUGCAAAUUACUGGAAAUGCGCGUAAUGCAUUCGAAAUGGCAAAGUUGGUCAGCUGGCAGCAGCUGGCGAACUCUGAUCAAUACCAUGACAUGUUCAUUCUGAUGCGCUCGUUUUUCCUCGUCAUAAAUAUGUGGAUUAAUCGUCACGAGUUUCUCGAAAGUGAUCUUGGAGAGAAAAUGCGCACAUACUUCCUAACCGUGUGCAAGGUAUUGUGUAAAAAAACCGACAUCGAAUCAGACUUUGCCAUGACGCUGGAGCGAUUCAUUGCUCUCUGCGUUAAUCUGGAAUCACUGUCCCAGAGACCACAGUGUUCCGGAGGGGCCCUUAAUAACGAUGCAGAAUUCACCAGCCUGGGUGGCGGCUGCCGCCGUCGCAACCGCCGCAACCCUUCCAGGUAA